AGAAGAAAAAUACGAAGAAGAGUUGUGAACACACGGAAGUCCACCAGGAUUUGACUAAUAAAUGCAUGAGGGUUUUCCCUUUCGAGGCUUUAUCUGUGUAAAUAACUCUUUCUCGUGGCAGUUAGAAGAAUGUAAUGGCGGACAAUGUCGAUGUGGAGAGCCUGAAGAGAUAACGAGCGCUAAUCAGCGGCUGGACGGUUGACGGAUAGUGCGGGUCAAUGGACGCCAGGACUUGAGGAGCUGCUGUUGUGACAGCUGGGUUGACCCACCAUAACCUGUCAGCCAGGAAGAACCACCGUGAAAAGACAACUGAGAUUUGAGCAACAGGAACGGGUUGGUUUGAUGCAGAUACGAACCUGUGAAGGUGCCUGUAAAACGAAAAAAGAGAAUCUUCUUGCUGCUACAGCUAUGGCUUCAUCCCGGCUGAAGUACCUGUCCCUUGGGGUACUGGUAUUCCAGACCACCUCCCUGGUGCUCACCAUGCGGUACUCCCGCACUCUGCAGGCCGAGGGCCCGCGGUACCUGGCCUCCUCAGCGGUGGUGGUGGCCGAAGUCAUGAAGAUCAUCGCCUGUUUGCUGCUCGUAUUUAAGGAUCAUAGUUAUAGCAUGCGAGCUCUUAAUAGCAUCCUACGCCAGGAAAUCCUUCACAAACCCAUAGAGACGCUGAAGCUGGCGAUCCCCUCUGGGAUAUACACACUGCAGAACAACCUGCUGUAUGUUGCUCUGUCCAAUCUGGAUGCAGCCACCUACCAGGUGACAUACCAGCUGAAGAUCCUGACCACAGCUCUAUUUUCAGUGUCCAUGUUGGGCCGCAGGCUGGGCAUCUACCAGUGGCUCUCCUUGCUGAUCUUAAUGGCAGGAGUAGCUCUCGUGCAGUGGCCGUCCGAGUCUGCUGUGGCCCCAGAUAAAGAGGCCCCCUCUGCAGGCUCCCAGUUUGUUGGGGUCACAGCUGUUCUGGUGGCGUGCUGCUCCAGCGGAUUUGCUGGCGUUUACUUUGAGAAAAUCCUGAAGGAGAGCAAACAGAGCGUCUGGAUCCGUAAUAUCCAGCUUGGGUUGUUUGGCCUGGUGUUUGGCCUCUUUGGGAUGCUCGCCUACGAUGGGGAGAGGGUGAAGGAGUCAGGGAUGUUUCAGGGAUACAACUCAGUCACUUGGACUGUUGUAGCAUUGCAGGCACUUGGUGGUCUGGUCAUAGCAGCAGUCAUCAAGUACGCAGACAACAUCCUCAAGGGCUUCGCUACGUCACUUUCCAUCAUCCUGUCAACUCUUAUAUCCUACUUCUGGCUGCAGGACUUUGACCCCUCAAGCGUGUUCUUCCUUGGGGCCGUUCUGGUAAUCGUGGCCACUUUCCUGUACGGCUACGAAGGCAAGUCAUCCCCCAACCCCAGCAGGGCGUAAGCUGGCUCUGCAGCAGCAGUAGAAAGUCGUGUUGAAGUGUGACGAUGCAAAGGAGAAAGGAGGACAGAGAGAUUAGAGGAAAAAGGAAAGGACUUGAUCACAUGUUGUGAUUACUAAAGGGAGGAGUAGAAGUAGAGGAGGUGAGAGAGAAAGGUUAAAGAACUGCAAGCACAAUGCUGCAGUGGGUCUCACACCAAAAGUGCCUCAGUUGUGAAGGAUGAACAAUGAGAAAAGAAAACAAGUAUGCAUCUUUCUUUUCCCCUAUAAUUACCACUGUAGAGAUCAUCCUGUCUGCCACACCUACAGAACUAGAGGGGCAUUCGUGACUGCACUGAGUAAACGUGUUCAUAAAGAACCGGUUUGACUGCUAGUUUCUGUUACUGCCACAUCAACCACAUCUAUACAAUGAACGAAUCAAAAGGCAGGUGGAAGUUUCUAGAUCUUCAAAGCGCAGUAUUUAUUUCUCUGCCCACUCUUAUUGUACGUUGUGACCUCUGAAAGGACACUUUAGGGCCUCUUGCUUCUAAAGCUGUGUCAAGCUCCCACAAGUAAAUAGCUCAGAGUGAAAAUGGGGUAGUUCAGUACUGAAGCUUGAGUGCGACACAGUUUAAGAGGCCUGUCUGACUUGGAGGCACAAAUCAGGGCAAAAAUAAAUAAGUAAAAGCAAAGCUUUAGGCUGUAGUUGUUGCAGUGACCAUAACGUUUAUUGUUUCCUAAAUUAUGGCUCUCCUGUUGCAAGUUGUUCAGCUGUUGUGGAAAUAGCUUUUGUUGCUAGGCAACAAAAAAUGUCUAAUAACAUAUAGAGUGUCAUAAAGAUGGGAUUGUUUUACUGUACAACCGGUGGAGUCAAAUGUUAGUAUUUUGGGUGUUAGGGAUCAAAUGUUUCACGAAUGAAUGAAUCUUAAAACCUCAGAAAUAAAUGAUUAUGUGGAAAAUUUUGAUUAACUGAAAAGUUCAUUUAAUGUCGUGAGGUCAUUUUUUUGCAACUUGAAAUCAUGUCAACCUUUGGUGUCAAUAAACACACCAUUUCAAAUUCUCAUCUCCAAAUAUAAAAUUGUUGUUUUAACUUAUUUUUGUACAAAUUGAGCUUAAGUUGCAUCAUUUGUCAACUAUUUUGUGGGAAAAUAAUCACAAACGCACACAUUUGAGCGACUGUAUGAUCUUUUUUUUAAUAUUUUAUCUUGGAGCUACUUUUGGGAUAAGCGGGUAUGAACGUUAAUUUUAUUAUUUUAAUAACAAAUAUGUGAAUCUUUUUAUCAAAAGGUAAAACUGUUUAACUUAUGCAAUUGUGUUAUUGUGUGGCUCUUCCGAUCUUUUCUACCGUGCAACCCACACAUUGACCUCUUAUGUUCAGACUGAAAUGUUCUGCUGUAGAAAAAAAGCAAUUAUAAUGAAACCAUGCGCAGUAUUCAGUCAAAAGAACAGGUUUGGAAUAAAAAGGCAAUAUACUCAAAAAUGGUUUGAAAAUUUAAGGUAUCUUGGGUUUAAAAUGUGAAUUCAAAGAUUUUGCUUGCUUGAAUUUUUCAUUCAUAAUUUAACUCCAAACCUGUCUUACUUCCAAAUGUGUCAAAAAGUUUUGCUUUUUAAUUACAAACCUGUUCUGUUUAAUGCAUGAAAGAUACAAUCUGAUCACACCACAAAUGUGUGAUUCUCAGUUGACACUUUGGCAUCUCGCCUUAGAACUGUAUACCAAAUAACAUGAAUAAAUUCACACUUUGAUACGUU